AAUGAGGAGAAGAAAUAUGAGAGCGCUUUGAGGAGGGAAAAAUUAAGUUCUUUUUUCGUUCGAUCUCUUGCUCUCUCGAGGGAGAGGAGUGGAAGAUCCGCUGUUAAUUUUCGUCGAUUCGACUUCUCUGAGUUCUUCUCCAUUAUGUUAUCAGAAUCUUGAUAAGUUAGAAUUUCAGAUCUGAUAGUUACUCUGUUGACAUUAUAACUUUGGCAACAAUCAGGAUGUCUGGACCAGAGCCAGCAUCUGAAGUGGAAGCUGCUAAGAUGGCCAAUGGGUCUGGACCCCUGCCUGAGGAUAUGAGUGCGAGAGCUAUUUUUGACAAGGACAGUGAGGAAAAGAAUAAUGGAGAUGAAAAAAAGGAUGGAGCUGAGAAUAAGGGUGGAGACUGGAAUAAGGAUGGUGAAGAUAAGAAAGAUACGGUAGAAAAUAAGGAAAGUGAAGAAAAUGGCAUGAAAAAAAUAGAAGAUAAAGAAGAAGGAAAAGAGGAAAAGAAAACUGAGGAUGUGAAUACAGGAGAAGCUGAAGAGGUGAAAAUGGUAGAUGCUGAGGAUUUGAAAACAGUGGAAACUGAGGAUGUGAAAAUGGUGGAUGCAGAGGACACAAGAGAUGAGGAAGACGGGGUCAAAGAAGUUGGAGAAGAAGAGGGAGGAGCAGAUUCAAAGCUGAAGGAAGUGGAUGAUGUGAAAAAAGAUAAUGAAAAUGUGGAGAAGAAGGUUGAUGACAAUAAGGUGCAAGGGUUAAAGAAGAAAAGGGCAAGCCGUCAGAAGGUCAGCAAUAAAGGGGAAGCAAAGGAGAAGAAAGAAAGAGGUAUAAAGUCAAAGGAUUUGUUGACUACUCCUACACCAUCUUCUAUUGAUCGCCCUGUGCGUGAGAGAAAAACUGUGGAAAGACUCGUUGAAGUUAUUGCGAAAGAGCCAAAUAAGGAAUUCCUAGUUGAAAAGGGCCGUGGCACUCCGCUGAAAGACAUACCAAAUGUGGCUUACAAAUUAGCGAGAAAGAAGCCUACGGAUCUUAAAUUGCUUCAUCAGACUCUUUUUGGAAGGAAAGGAAAGGCUGUAAAUUUUAAAAAUCAUAUUCUCCAAUUUUCUGGAUUUGUCUGGCACGAGAGCGAUGAAAAACAGAGAGCUAAAAUGAAGGAGAAACUUGACAAAUAUGUAAAGGAUACAUUAUUGGAUAUAUGUGAUUUGUUUGAUAUACCUGUUUCGAAAGCAACCAUGAGAAAGGAAGACCUUGUAGCAAAGUUAUUGGAUUUUAUGGUUGCACCUCAUGCUCUUACUGAUGUGAUACUUGCUGACAAGCAGCAGCAGUCAUUGAAAUCUCGAAAACGUAAGAGGGUGACUAAAGGAAGUGCUUCUAAAAGUGUGGCUGGAGCACCCACUAAGCGGUCUAGGAAGAAGCAGACCAAAAGAGAAGACAGCUUAAAUAGCAAAGAGAAGAGUGUACAAGAAAAUGAAGAAGAAGAUGAAGAGGAUAAUGAGAAUGGUAUUUCUGAUGAGGAUGAAGCACUUAAACAGUCUGAGUGUGAGGCAAAAGAAAGUGAAUCUGAAGAAGCUGCUGAUGAAGAUGAAGAUGAUAAUGAAGACUCAGGAAAAACCAAAGAGGAUAAGAAGAGAUCUUUGAAACAACAAGGUUCUGUUGGUAAAGCAAAGUCAAAGGUGGAGACCAGCUCUAGAAAGUCCUCUUUCCCAACAACCACCAAGAGCCCUACUAAAAUAUCAUCUCCCAAACGUCCCAAGGUGGAAGAUGAUAAGGAUGUAGGUGCAAAAGUUUUUACCAGGAAAAAGAGAAAUGUUGAUGCGGCUAGGAAAAAAUCAACUCUUAAAUCAGAUAAGAAGGAGAAAGCUACUGGUAAAAGGGCGGCUAGAGGCAAGAGAAAAUCAAUGGAGGCUGAGUAUCCAAGUGAGGAGGAACUGAGGAAGACUAUAUGUGAAAUUCUGAAGGAAGUUGAUUUUAACACUGCCACUUUCACUGACAUUCUUAAACAGCUUGCAACCCAUUACAAAAGGGACCUUACUCCUAGAAAACCAGCUAUAAAGGAAUUGAUCCAAGAGGAGUUAACCAAGCUAGCAGAUGAAGCAGAAGAAGGUGAGGAUGAUGAAGAUGAAGAUGCCGAGAAGGAAGAAAAUCCAGAACCCAGCGGCAAAGAGGUGAAAAAUUGAUUGCAACCUAAGGGGCAUGGCACUGAUAUUUACUCAAUAAUGUUCUCCCAUCGAAGUUAGCCUGCCUGCCAUGGCAUCUGUUAUCAUUUUAUUUCAUUAUUUAUGAUGCCAAUUCUAAGACCUUUUCCUCUCCCAAGUCAUGCUUUGUAUUUAUAACAUAGUUUCGUGGCCGUCAUGAUGUUAACUUUUAGUUUACUGACCUGGAGAUAUUUUUAGGUAUCUGCAGUUUCUGGUACCUGCAGCAUUAAUUAUUAUAUAAUCAUAUACCUGAUCACACCUGUUUGGUGCUGACUUUGAGUUAAACAAAUCAAAAAUGAAAUCAACUUUUCCAUUCUUUACA